CUUGUCCGGCAUGAAGGUGGAAGGCAGUGUGUUUGUGGUGACUGGUGGUGCGUCGGGUUUGGGCCAGGCGGUUGUCCGCCGAGCGGUGGAACUGGGUGCUGCUGGUGUGGGCAUCUUUGAUCUGAACGAUGACGAUGGAGAGGAGAUGGUGGUGGAGCUGGGCGAGGACAAGGCGCUGUUUGCCGAGGUCAACGUGACGGAUGCCGAUAGUGUGCAGGAGGGCCUGGCUGCAGUGGUGGAGAAGUUCGGUCGGGUGGACGUGGUGGUCAACUGUGCUGGUAUCGGAUCUGGGACCAAGACGUACUCUAGGAAGGGUGGAGCGCACAAGCUCGACUACUUCAAAAAGGUUGUCGAGGUUAACCUGGUGGGCACGUUCAACACGCUCCGGCUGGCGGCCGCAAUCAUGGCGGAGCAGGAGCCGAACGCGGAUGGCGAGCGCGGAGUCAUUGUCAACACGGCAAGCGUCGCAGCGUUUGACGGACAGCAGGGCCAGGCAUCGUACUCGGCGUCCAAGGCCGGGGUUGUGGGCAUGACGCUCCCGAUUGCUCGUGACCUUGGCCCAUACGGCAUUCGCAUCUGCACCAUCUGCCCAGGCGUCUUCCUCACCCCGAUGAUGCGGAUGCUCAAGGCCGAGGUGCGGGCGUCACUGGAGAAGGACGUCCCAUUCCCGUCGCGGCUGGGCCGGCCGGAGGAAUUUGCGCUGAUGGCGACGUCGAUUGUGGAGAACCCGUACCUUAACGGGGAGACGAUCCGGCUCGACGGGGCGCUGCGGAUGAACAAGCUCUAGAGGGGAAGAGGCUCUGGAGGGAGAGGGUGAGCAAUGACGAGUGCAUGUUUACUCCUUCUUGGGCUUCUUGGCGAGGUAGUUCUUCUUGAAAAAGUCGGCAAAGAGGAAGACCAGGAUGGUGACGUAGGUGUUGUUGCACGCGAGGGCCCAGAACGCCGGGCCAGUGAGGCACUCGAUGAAGAAAUACGGGGCGGAAAGGCCCAUGCCGACCACAAACUGGACAAGCUGCAUGGUGGUGAGGAGCGACUUGAAUGGCG